AUCAUUCUUUCUCUCUCUAAAACACCUUCAUAUGCUUCUGAAUUCUGGAGUGAGAAAUUCGUAUGAAAAGAAGCACGCAUACAGUAUGUUUUACUGUGUGUAACUCUUUCUUGGCAACUGCACCCACAACAUAAUCAUCAUCUUCCACCGGUGAUUACCUUUGAAAUAAUUCGAAUCUAGACACGUUUAUGUAAUUUGAUGGCGAAAAGCGAGGUGUUUGAAGGGGAUCAGAGCGUGGCGGUGGCGAAGGUCACGACGGAGUUGAAGAAGGAAUUGCAUAGACUUGUGAAAGCGAUUAUUGAAGAUUCAUCAUCGGAGGAUGAAAAUGGAUUUGGAUGUAUUGACAGAGCGAAUCAGACUUUGCAAGCUUUGAAGGAAUUGAAAGAGGGAGGAGGGAAACAACGAUCGUCUUCGAUUAAACGGCUCAAUGAUAAUAAUCGUAACAACAAUGAAAGUUCGACGUCGGUUUGGGCUUCUUGUCCACAGGAAUUUCGUUGCCCUCUGUCUAAAGAACUCAUGAGAGAUCCUGUUAUCCUCUCUACUGGUCAGACAUACGAUAGGCCUUUUAUCCAGAAAUGGUUGAAAGCUGGAAACAGGAUAUGUCCUAGAACCCAACAAGUUCUUUCACACACCAUUUUAACCCCAAAUCACUUGGUCAGAGACAUGAUAACACAAUGGUGUAAGAAUCGUGGAGUCCAAUUCCCUGGUCCUCUCCAAUAUCCUGAACAAGACGGGCUAACGGAAGCUGAUCGUGAUCUUUUCAUCUCUCUUCUCAAGAAAAUGUCAUCUACACAACCUGAGCAAAAAGAAGCUGCCAGAACUUUAAGAUCAUUAACAAAAAGAAUGCCUUCAUUUCGUGCAUUAUUUGAGACACCAAUGGUGAUACCUCUGUUACUGGACGCAUUAAGAUCUGGAACAAUUGAAACAAGAAGCAAUGCAGCUGCUACCCUUUUCACUUUAUCAGCUCUCGAUUCCAAUAAGUCCUUAAUUGGAAAAGCAGGUGCUUUGAAACCACUUAUUGAUCUCUUGGAAGAAGGGCAUCCAUUAGCAAUGAAAGAUGUUGCUUCUGCUAUCUUUAAUUUAUGUAUCACCCAUGAAAAUAAAGCUAGAGCUGUAAGAGAUGGUGGUGUAAGGGCACUUUUGAAUAAAAUCAAGAACAGGGUCCAUGUAGAUGAGUUAUUAGCCAUUCUCGCGAUGCUUUCAAGCAACCAAAAAGCUGUUGAAGAAAUGGGGGAUCUUGGAGCUGUUUCUUGUUUGCUUUCUUUAAUAAAGGAGACCAAUUGUGCACGAAAUAAAGAAAACUGUAUUGCUGUUUUAUACACAAUUUGUUACUAUGAUCGAACAAAAUGGAAGGAAAUGAGGGAAGAAGAGAGUAAUUAUGGAACACUUUCUCAAAUCGUGCAAAAUGGGACUUCAAGGGCAAAAAGGAAAGCUAGUGGGAUUCUUGAUAGGCUCAAUAGAGCCAUCAAUCUCACACACACCGCUUGA